AUGGCUGUACGGGGAUAUCGGGUGGUAGAGCAUGUGGAGUCAUUUGUCGCGCAAUACUGUUUCACAGGGGCGCGGCGUGAUCCCAUCUCCAUCCAGGAAUAUCAAACAAUGUUUGGGCGUAUGUUAGCAGCAGCAAAGAUCCCUGCCAACUCUCCAAACACGAAAGUGGGCGUAGCACUCUCUGGCGGUCCAGACUCUAUGGCGCUAUUGGGAUUGACAGUGGCAGCUCUUGGGCGUGAGCGUGUUGUCGCUUUAACCGUCACGCAUGGGCCACCAGAAGAUGGUGGCGAGCCCACCUCCAUGAUCCAAGAUCUUGUUCGGCCCUUGGGCGUACAGCAUAUUUUAUUACCUCUAAAUAAUCUUCUACCGCAUGCGAACGCCCAGACAAAGAGUUUGAGCAAAGAUCUCCAAAGUGCCCAUUCCAAAGUGAUUGUCGGCAAGGGAAGCGUACAACAGAGAUGUCGUGAGAUGCGCUAUGCUGCCUUGCGUGACACCGCAUUGAGCUCGGACCUCUCACUGAUAUUGUGCGCUCAUCAUCUCGACGAUGAUCUCUGCACAUAUUUUAUGCGGCUCUCGCGCUAUUCUGGCAUGGAAGGGCUGGCAGGGAUGCGUCCCCUAAGCAUCCUUUCCGGAACACCUGUCACUUCUCGACAACUGAGUUGCCUUGAAGAUCUGGAAGCUUCUGGAGUUCCGCCGUUGAUGUUAGGGCGACCAUUAUUGGGAUUUCCAAAAAUUCGGCUAGUAAGCACAUGCGGCGCAUUGGGUCUUGAUUUUCUGGAGGACCUCUCAAACAGCCAUUUCGAAAAUUCAUUACGCAACUCCGUCAGAGAGGGUAUUCAAACGCUGCUCAAAAGCUCUCCUGUAUCGAUUAGCGACCUUUAUGCCCUUAUGGAAUCUGCCAAGAAACAUCGUGAGGAGCUGCGUCGUCAGUUACGAGCAGCCGCCACAGAAAACCUUUUUGCUGCGACUCGAAAUGGAGAGGGCAGAUCUUGGCCCUGGGUUUCUGGAAACUUUGCGGCCAGUCCCAGUGCCGUGAUAGCACUACCGCUGCAUCAGCGAUGGUGGCGUAAUUCCGGGCUACUAAUGCGAGUGCUUUCUCUGGCUGCGGAAGGUGUUGGAGGCACUCAUUUGGCUUCGUCACAGACGACUUUGCUUGCUUUUUCAGAAGCAAUUGUCGCUUCUGCGCUUAUCCGCACUCGGCAGGCAAAACGUCAGCGGUCCCAACCUACAAUCAUGCCACAGUCAGCACAUCAUGGAAACCGUACUCUUCUUGCAGACUCAAAGACACAGCCAUCUAGUGGCUAUUUUGAGGACUUGCGUAUCUCUCGCACGCAAAAACUUCCGUUUAUCCGUGCGUUUUCGUUCGGGCGAUGUGUAGUCUCUCCUCUUGGUGCUAUCGAAGCUUCAAGGCGUAACUUGGUGCAUGUUGGCGGGCCGCUUCUUGGCAUUACGCCAGCACCACGGAUGCCUGAGCAUCCAAGUGCUGCGAGCAUUUCUCCGGAACGUCGGAUGGUUGACAAUCUGCUCUUGGUGCCUGGAAAUAUAUAUCUCUGGGAUGGAAGGAUUCAAAUUUAUCUCCCCAAUGACCAGCCCACUGUUCAAAUGCCAUUGCAAAUUUUAUCCGAAAGUGUUAUUGAGGAAACGCGGCCGGGUCCUCUUACUGGUAUGCUUGCGCGAGCCGGUGGCCUGCCAGCCAUUCGAGUUAGCCAACGCACCUUUCAGGAACCACAAAUGCUCUGGGUUCUCUCGCCUGCCCUGGGCCCCACUGGCCCAGCAGUGAAAAAAAUAGACAGAACGGAAAGUAUUCUUGACAAUGGCGGUAUACUUUUGACAUCAGCCGCUGCAAAUAGUGCUGCCCAUAAUCCUGCAGACAUCCCGAAAGGUCAAAUUGAUGGCCCGAGGGUUCGCAUCGUGCCAUUGACGCUGGCGGCGCUGCGUUGGUUGGCAGCUGGCGCCUCUCGAAAUGAGCCAGAGAAGCUCUCUCAAAUGGAGGCUAUCCGCCAGUGCCAUACGGCCGAUGCAUUGCUACAACAUCCGCUUGUUAUUGCAAUGGACGGCUCCUGGGCUGCCAUGCCAACAUUAGCACUAACUUUGGGGCAGAUCCCAUGGUCUCCACUAGUUCAUGCUGUUCCCGUAGGUGUAACUCAUGUUAUCAAUCGCCUCUUGCUUCCUUCUAUGCUUUGA